AUGUCUUCAAAUACCAAGUUCACCAAUGUCAAUCGAAACCCAAAUGACACCACUGAAAUUGACAAUACAGAGUCCAUCGCCAAUCGAGAGCUGGUCGCUAAUCUAGAGCCCGUCUCUGAUGCUCCCAAUACCGUUCCUGUUGUAAAUGAUUUCCGCAGUGAAGCCGAUAACGCCUCUUUGAGCUCCUCUGGAACAGACUACACAUCUCUUCAGUCAAGCGUCCUGGAUUAUGAAUACGAAAAUGGCCGCCGAUACCAGAAUUACCGCAGGGGGGAAUACUUGCUUCCCAAUGAUGAAGACGAGCAAGAUCGCAUGGAUUUCCUACACCAUAUCUACGGAAUGAUUCUGAGCGGGGAGCUGCAUGUCGCGCCAAUUGGUGAUGUUCAUCGCGUGCUGGACAUUGGGACUGGAACAGGCAUCUGGGCCAUGGACUUUGCCGACCAGCACCCAGCUGCAGAGGUAAUCGGGAACGACUUGAGUCCCAUCCAGCCUGGAUGGGUGCCUGCCAACUGUGUCUUUGAAGUAGAUGAUUUCGAGGCCGAAUGGCAAUAUAGCCGCCCCUUUGAUUAUAUCCAUGGGCGUGAGCUUGCUGGAUCGAUCAAGGAUAUCAAUCACCUGGCUGUACAGGCAUUCAAUAAUCUAAAGCCACGAGGAUACUUUGAGCUUCAGUCAUUCGCCGUGAAGCAGUUUUCAGAUGACGGCUCUCUAGAAAAGAAGGGACCUUUUACAAUUCAGCUCGCCGAGCUGAUUAAAGAGGCAGGCUUGAAAUUUGGUAAGCCGAUGCAGGAUAUCGACACUUGGGGUGAAGCAUUAAAGUCGGCCGGCUUUAUUGACAUCAUUACCAAAGUAGUCAAGGCUCCUCUGACUGCGUGGCCAAAGGAUGAAAAGCAAAAGAGAAUUGGGCGGUUUCUCCAGUCUCAUACAAAUCAAGCCUUGGGUUCUUACCUCCCUGGGAUUCUCACAACCGUCCUCGGAUGGGCAAAGGAGGAGGUUGAUUUGAUGGCAGCCAAAGUGCGGAAUGAGCUGGCAGACCAGUCGAUUCAUCAAUACGGGAAGGUGUAUUUCAUCUAUGGGAAAAGGCCAUAA